CCUAAUUUUUUUGAAGAGACUGAUGAAAUUAUUACAAGUUGCAAGUGGAUACCAGAUGGUUUGGAUUUCUCACAAUGUGAUUAUUGGAUGUUCCCCCACUGUUCUGAUGACCACUACAGGAUGUAUGUAGUGAAUCUGAAGAACAAACGGUAUGAUUAUCUUGACAGCCUUUACCCUGACGAACUUGAUUCCAAGUUUCGUGCUGUUGCGGAUAUGGUGGUCCGCUAUGCCACAGAAUACAUUCCUGCCUGCAGAGAAGAGCCCUUCAAAUUUGAAGAAUUCAAGUGGGUUAGAAUGCGAGGGGUGAGACAACGUGGUGGGGUUGACUGUGGUGUUUUUGCUAUGAAUUUUGCUGAGUUUUGGGAUGGCAAACUGCAUCCAGCUAUGAGGAAUUGGCAAAGACAAAUCAAUCAGAGGCGGGAUGAGAUCACAUUAACAUUGCUGCUGAACAAGGAGAACAGUGUACUUGAAGAGGUGAAGAAGAAGAGUUUGGAGUUUGAUCGCAAGGUGGACUAGCUGAUUUUAGCAUGCAUUUGCAAGAACAGUUUCAGAUUUCAGUGUGUUAAUAUGUGUUUUAGUGUG